AGUUGCUAGAAGCAACAGGAAGCGACUACCCCAAAACUAUUGUAGGCAGGCAGGAGAGAAAAAACACAGGAGGCCAAAAUCAACCCGGGUGUAAUUAGUCCUCAUCACAUCAGAUCCCUGCCGGUUUGUAAUAACCCUUCAGACUGGAUCCCGACCUCCCCCUCCUGACCCGGUUCUGAGGAGUUAAUACGUGGCAGAUUCAUGAGCAUGUCCUUCUCACAAAGCUAAAGAGAGCUUCACCUGCCGCUCAGAGGAAACAGACGAGUCUGUUGGAUCUCGGCCAUGGCCCAUGCCACCAGUCUCCAGUAUGAGCCAGUGGCAGAGAUAGGAGGAGGCGCUUACGGGACGGUUUAUAAAGCCCGAGACACAGAGAGUGGACAGUUUGUGGCUCUUAAGAGCGUUCGUGUCCAGACAGACCAGAACGGCCUUCCGCUCUCUACGGUUAGAGAGGUUGCUCUGCUGAGAAGACUGGAGCAGUUUGACCACCCCAAUGUAGUCAGAUUAAUGGAUGUAUGUGCCACCCAGAGGUCAGACCAGGAGACUAAAGUCACUCUGGUGUUUGAACAUGUGGACCAAGACCUCAAGACGUACCUCGAGAGAGCCCCGGCAGCAGGAUUAUCCCCUGGACACAUUAAAGACCUGAUGAGGCAGUUGCUGUGCGGUCUUGCAUUCCUGCACUCAAACCGCGUGCUCCAUAGAGACCUGAAACCAGAGAAUAUUCUGGUGACCAGCAAAGGCCAAGUGAAACUGGCUGACUUUGGACUGGCAAGAAUCUACAGCUGCCACAUGGCGCUUACUCCUGUGGUGGUCACGUUGUGGUAUCGACCUCCUGAGGUUCUCCUGCAGACCAGUUAUGCCACUCCUGUGGAUAUGUGGAGCACCGGCUGCAUCUUUGCCGAAAUGUUCAGACGCAAACCUUUGUUCUGUGGAGAAUCAGAAGUCGACCAACUUGGGAAAAUUUUUGAAGUUAUCGGCUUGGCCCCAGAAGAGGAAUGGCCGACUGAUGUUAACCUCUCCAGAAAAAACUUUCCCCCUCUCUUACCUCGACCAGUCACUGACUUUGUUCCAGAGAUAAAUGAGCUGGGGGCACAACUAUUGCAGGAAAUGCUGACCUUCGACCCCUUUAAACGAAUAUCUGCCCUGAAUGCCCUAGAACACCCAUAUUUCCAAGAGGAGGAAACACUGACUCAGACAAAAAGCUGAAAAGGUGCAGUGAAACAUGCAGCGAGAGGUAACAGUGUCUAAGUUUAGACCUGGCCUAACCAUUAAGGAUUUAAGUUUCAUUCAAUGCCUUUAAGAUGUCUGGUUUGUGCUUUGGGAUAUUUUUUGUCACCCCUGCGAAGUCUGAGAGAUGGAUUAAAAAGAAGAGGAGGAAACUUGAGGAUCACUGGCAUCCUUCCCAACAUGUAAAUGUCACAAUUAAUGGUGUUAACAUGUUUCAUCUCUGAGGACCGUACCAGUGUUUUUGAUGUUUGAUUUCUGUUUGGGUCUCAUCAGCGGGGACUGAUGCACAGAAACGCCUGUCAUCUCCUCUGAAAUGCUGCUCUUGUUAUCUUGCUCGAGAGUUUAGACAGAAGGAAACUGGGAUGUCAUCUUUUCUUUUAAUAGGCUGAACAAAGUCUGAGGGAUGACACCUCAGGGUUAGAAGAGCCACUUUUUAGUGAUCUUACUAUAUUUGUUUUAAUAUUUAACAUCAUGAGCCUGUGACGAGGAAAUUAGCUGUACCAAAAUCAUGAGAGAAGGAAAAAAGUCUGAAUAGUAAAGAGAAAAACGCACAAUAAAAUAACACAUGUCAAAAAUACUGGUAUUGCCCCUAAAUCUCAUGAAGUGUUGGAAAUUGUGUCUUCUGAAGGACAGAAGAGUUUAUGUUAACAUUUUUGCUCAAACCGUCUGAAAUCCGCCAGCACGGCAACAACAAGUGAAUAAAGCUAAUUUUAAUCACA